AUGCCUACCGUGGCAAACAUCGAUGCUAUCCCUAGCGGGGAGCUUGAAGCUGUUAGAUCAAAGGCUAUCAGUGAAUACAAUGAAAAGAAAGGCACUUUUGAAAAGUCCGAAAGCGUUGAUAAUGACAGUAUUGACACUGGCUUGUCUAAACCAGAAUUCAAAUCCAACAAAGAUAUCGUCGUCAAGAUUAUCGACAGUUCCGAUGACCCUGAAUUGAAGGUCUGGAAUGUCAGAUCGUUCAUUCUCGGUGUCGGUUUGGCUAUUUUCGGUGGUGUCUUGCAAUGUAUUUUCUAUUUCAAACCACAAACCAUUGUCGUCAAUGGUAUUUUCUUGAUGUUGUUGGCCUAUGUCGGGGGUGAAGCCAUGUCCAUGCUCAUUCCAAGAAAAGGUUGGCUCAAAUACUUGAAUCCUUAUCCAUUCAACAAGAAAGAACACACUUUGAUCACCAUCAUGGCCUCUUCUGCUGCUAACUGUGCUUUGGCUAUCGAAGUCUUGGCCGUCCAAAAGCUUUGGUACACCAACCAAACUGUCAACAAGGCUGUUUCCAUUUUCUUCUGUUUGUGUUCUCAAUUACUCGGUUACGGUUUGUGUGGUUUGAUGAGAAACUCUUUGGUUUACCCAACCGAUAUGUUUUACCCAAACAUUGUCGCCCAAGUUUCCACCAUCCACACUUUGCAUAACGACAAACAAAAAUCUCGUAUGCAAUUGAAAUGGUUCUACCUUUGUUUCGCCGCCAUGUUCUUCUAUGAAAUCGUUCCAGAAUGGAUGUUCCCAUUAUUGAUUGGAUUCUCCCCAGUUUGUAUUUCCAAAGCUGGUAAGAACCCUACUGUUUCCAGAAUCUUCGGUGGUACCAACGGUAACGAAGGGCUUGGUUUCUUCUCCUUCUGUUUUGAUUGGAAUUAUAUUGCUUCCACCGCCAACCCUAUGGCCCAACCAUUGGUUGCUGUCAUGAACAACAUUUUCGGUUACAUUUUGUGUAUCGUUGUGUUCCUUGGUGUCUACUAUGGUAACGUCUGGAAAGCUAAGAACUUCCCAUUCUUGUCCCAAGAUUUGUUCUACGAAGACUCUGCCCCAGGUAACUACUUGGUCUACAACCAAAGUUUGAUUUUGGACAGCAAAAACAAGCUUGACCCUCAAGCUUUGCAAGAACAAGGGGUUCCAUACAUGACUGCCACCUAUGUUGUUUACUUGAUUGCUACUAACUUGUCUGUCGCUGCCACUUUCACUUACAUGUACUUGUUCCACUGGGAUAAAUUGCAACCAACUUUCAACUGGGUUUUCAGCAUCAAGGAAAUGGCUAUCAACUGGAAGAGCUACAUCAAGUUCUGGGAAAAGUCUGAAUACGAUCAAAGAUUGACCAUCGAUGGUAAGGUCCCAGAAAUCUGUGAUGAUCCUCACUUCAAGGCCUACAUGGCUUACGAAGAUGUUCCACACUGGUGGUACGGUAUCACUUUGUUGUUGUCCUUCGUUGUUGCCAUCAUUUGUCUUUACAAGGGUGACACUGGUCUUCCAUGGUGGAUGUUGAUCAUCGCCAUGCUCUUGGCUUUCUUCUUGACUUUGAUGCUUGGUGGUUUGGUCGGUAUUUUCGGUUUCGGUGGUACUCAAAUGCAAACCAUUUGUCAAUUGAUCGGUGCCUACAUCAAGCCAGGUUACCCAUUGGCCAACAUGUACUUCACUUUGUUCGGUUACAACUCUGUUUCCCAAGCUUUCUUGAUGUUGCAAGAUUUGAAGCAAGCCGAAUACAUGAAGUUGGCUCCAAAGUCUGCUUUCUUUGCCCAACUUAUCGGUACUGCCGUCGGUGCUAUCUUCAAUUUCAUUAUGAUGGAAUCUAUCGUCAACUCCAAGGCGGAAAUUUUGUUGAGUAUUCAAGGUACUGCUAUCUGGUCCGGUCAAAACGUCCAACAAUACAACACCCAAGGUAUUGCUUGGGGUGCUUUGGCCAAGGAAAUGUUCUCUUCUGGUAAGACUUACCAAAUGGUUCCAUACUCCUUGAUCAUUGGUUUGUUUAUCCCAAUCCCAUUCUACAUUCUCCACCGUUUGAGACCAACCUGGCACAUCGACAACAUCAACAUUCCAAUCAUGAUCUGGUACAUUGGUUGGUUAUGUGUCGGUGUCAACGCUUCUAUUUGGAGUUACUUUAUCGUUGCUCUUGUGUCGCAAUUCUACUGGAGAAAGUACAAGCCAAAGUUCUUCCAAGAAUACAACUAUAUUAUCGCUGCUGGUUUGACCGGUGGUGUCCAAGUGGCGGUGUUCAUCUUAUCUUUCGCAGUUGCCGGUGCCAGUGGUUCCAGUUACAACUUCCCUCAAUGGUGGGGUAAUUACUCGGCUGAUAAGAACGGUAACACUGCCAACUACGAUUGGUGUGCCUUCACCAACGAUGGUUAG